AACCUGUUUUUUCUUUCAGAGAGGACACUUACCGGUACGCUGCCAGCUUCGUUGAAGAUGGAGAGAGGAAGAUUCACUGCGCCGAGAAGGAGAGUGCUGCGUCCUCAGAGGUUCCGUGACGAAGAGGAGGUCGGUCGAGUCCACGCUUCCGGUGCGAAGAGGAAGGUAAAUUUCUCCCCUCUAGCUGGACGCUCCAACAGGCGACGCAGGAUGAUGGAGGUCAUCGCUGGAGAAGACGCCGCCAGCAGCCACGGACCGGAGGAAGAGUUCGGAGGUAGCGGGUCGGAAGAAGAUGUCGGCGGUACGGAGUUGCAGGCAUCGCGAGACUUGGAUGACGUCAUCGCACCGGAAGUAGGUAAGGGAGCCGGAGCGGUCUACACCGCUAACGGCCCUAUUACUCCCAGCCACAUAUCCCCGCAGCCGGUGGAGCAGGAGGCCACAAUCCCCCAGGCAGCACCCAAGGGGCCCCAAAUACGCUCACCACGCCUGCCCACCAACGAUCGGGGUUUUUUUACGCCACGGGGCAACGCAACAACCAGGGGCCCUAGGCCAUCAAAACCCCGCCAGACAAACCCCACCCCCGCCCGAACAGGGAACCCCCCUCCCAGUAGCCAGAGGGGGGUCCCCACAAGUAGCACGGGCCGGGGACCUGGAAAACGCGGGGGGAAAAGCCAGGCCCGCACCAACAACCCCAGCAGUCCAGCACCCACAGCCCCCCCUAUCCAUAGGAAUGCCCAUAGAGGUGGAGGGAGCUGGGAACAAGAGCAGGGCUCGGACGAAGGAGAAUGGGGGAUGGAGGCAGAAUCCACCCCAAACCAAUCUAGGGCAAGGCACCCAGGACCUUUCCCAAGGGGGGGAGGGAACUCCAGGCCCAGGGGAACUGGCGGUCACUUAUAUUUUCAAACCCCAAGACACCGGAGCCAGCCACAGUGGUCUGGGGAGUAUGACCAAUGGGAAGAUGAUGACUCUUGCUAUUUUAUCGAGGAAUACAAUUACGAGGAUGAUUGUGAGUUUUUUCCUGCAAGCAGCCACGGGCAUCGCCAAAGGAGGCCAGUAAGAGGAAUGUGGCAGGAAGACAUUGGUUACGUAAAUAACCGGGUGCCAAGUUUUUAUUUUAGAAACCGAGAGGAGGAGGAGAGUUGGAUCCAAUGGAGAAAAGAGAGAGAGCAGAAGGGAGAGGAGGAAGCAGGACCUUCAAGACGGCAGGAAGGAAGGGAGAGGGCUUCAUCCAGUACAGAAGGACAGUCUUCACAGAAUGGCGACAGGACCAAGGUGACUACACGGAAGACUACUAGGGGGGGAAAAGCUACCUGCAACAUUUUGAUCAUAGGCCAUUCCUUUAUUUUUUGGGCAAGACAGCAUGCAGCAGGCAAGCAGUUGGUUUUACCGGAGGAACACAUGAAGAUUACAUGGCAGGGGUGGAGAGGCAUGAAGUGGGAACAAAUGAGAGGCCGGUUGUAUAGUGCAAUACAGAAGUUCAAGUUCAUAAACCUGGUGAUAGUACAUGCUGGGGGAAAUGACCUUACGUCAAUCAAAACCCCGGCAUUGAUAGAAAGCAUGAGAAAGGACUUAGAGGAUUUAAUGUCCAGCAACAAGAUAGGGGGAGUUGCUUGGUCAGACAUCAUACAGAGAGGAGAAUGGCGAGGAGCAGUUUCCCCCCAGGGCAUCGAAAGAGCCAGGAAAAAAGUAAACCGGGCCAUGCACAAGAUCAUGUGUUCCUCAGGUAACGGGGUAAUUAGACAUGACAAUAUAAGGUACCGACAAACACAGCUUUUUAGAAAGGAUAAAGUACAUUUGACUGAGGAAGGUUUGGAUUUGUUUUGGGAAAACUUCAGGAAUUAUAUAGAGGAAUGGUGGAGGUCACAAGAGGUCUAGGUGGGCCAUGGAAAAGGAUAGGUGGCACCCUUCCCUUCUUUUCCAUUGGGUGGCAUCAGUGCGGCUCCAGGAAGACGGAUGGUUCUUCAGUGAAGUGCAGGCCUACCCUCGGAAAGUCGCGAGUGUGGAGCAGACUUUGACUGCACGGUCUUGUCUGUGUCAUGCGAGAGGCUGGGUUAGCGCCAUUAUUGCACAUGAUAGGGAGCAGGGGGAUGGGCUACUGGUUGGUCAACAGAGGGCGCUCUGCCCCAUGAUCCCUGCUCUCUAAAAUAACUGUUUGGUACGGUGUGGGCACCAGGCCCACGUUCUUGGCGAUUAUAGGAGCCGCAGCUGGUGGUCAGGGUGUACCUAGUCCUUAGCACAUAUAUAUAUAACUUGUUAAUAAAAUACGUGACCUCCACAGAUUUUGCCACCUUAAGAAGUCUCCGUGUCGUUAUUCAGGUUUAUUCAGGUUGGUGGUAAGCACAACGGAAGGGGGGUAGGGGGAUCCUUAGCCUAGGAGGAAAGAGGCCCACCUAGGGUCGAGGUGAGUUUAGGCUGGGCCCCCUCCCCCCGCUAGAUGUGUAUUGGGAGUAUCGGCCCGGUCCGCCCCCACUCCCUAGCACAGGGAGUUUACAACAAUAGGGCCCCUUUUUCGGCGGGAAAAAAGGGGGCGGGCUGAAGGGCGGAGCCGGGGGGCAGGUAAGCCUGGAAGGGGUUUUUAAGGAGGAGCAGGAGGCCAGUGUAACAUAACCUGUUUUUUCUUUCUCCCACCCUCCCAUCCCAGGUAAAGAGCAAGAAGAUACGAAAAGACGGUGCUCCAGGGUUCUAGCAACCGAUCGCCCUUAUGGGGUCAGGAAGGAAUUUUUCACCAGGCUGCUAAUUGGCCAAAAAAGCACCUGAGUUUUUUGCCUUCCUCUGGGGCACCAUUAUCUGUGUAGGUCAAUGGGUACCACCCUGACACAGCUGCGUUUUCAGUUACAAGGCAUCAGUGCGGCUCCAGGAAGACGGAUGGUUCUUCAGUGAAGUGCAGGCCUACCCUCGGAAAGUCGCGAGUGUGGAGCAGACUUUGACUGCACGGUCUUGUCUGUGUCAUGCGAGAGGCUGGGUUAGCGCCAUUAUUGCACAUGAUAGGGAGCAGGGGGAUGGGCUACUGGUUGGUCAACAGAGGGCGCUCUGCCCCAUGAUCCCUGCUCUCUAAAAUAACUGUUUGGUACGGUGUGGGCACCAGGCCCACGUUCUUGGCGAUUAUAGGAGCCGCAGCUGGUGGUCAGGGUGUACCUAGUCCUUAGCACAUAUAUAUAUAACUUGUUAAUAAAAUACGUGACCUCCACAGAUUUUGCCACCUUAA